AUUAUUUAUCGGUGCCUCCGCCUCCUUUAUAUUUUUUCUCGCUCUCUCUAACUUGUGUGCGUUUAUUAUUUACACAGAAAACUAAAUUUAAAAAAAGAAUCAAUAAAUAUAUACAAAUUAAUGAGCAAUUAACAAAUCGGUGAAACAACAACAACAACAAGAAUAAAUAAACAAAAGUGUCAGCCAUGAUGAAGUAUGGACUAUUGUGUGACGAGUGAAAAAAACCAACAAAAACAACAACAGUAGAAGUCGGGAAAUUAAUAACAAUAUCGGCAAUAUCAGAGAUAGUGACUUCGAGUUAGGAACAUGAACACCACCGCCAUGUUGAUGCACCACCAACAGCAGCAGCAGCAGGCCGCCGCCGCAGCAGCAGCCGCCGCAGCCGCACAACAGCAGCAGAACGGCCGGGACGGCAGCAACAGUUCGCGGGGGGCCAACGACGAUCGCCCCAACGGCCGGCGGUCCAGCUGCUCGCCGGCCAGCUCACCCAGCCGCCAUCCGAGCGCCGUCAGUCCUGUCAGCUCCCUGAACCACUCCAUGAUGCAGCAGAUGCAGCAACAACAGCAACAGGCCCAGCAGCAGGCUCAGCAGCAGCACCACCAACUGAGUCCGCCCCCGCACGGCCUGACCUCUGGGAAUGGACUGCCCGCCGGUCUGCCGCCACGGAUGCCACACGGCCUGCCGCCCCACUCGCUGGGACUGCUUAACUCGCUGCAGAUGAUGCACCACGCCUCCCCGCUGGAACUGAUGGCCGCCGCCCAUCACCAUGUCCCGCCAAGGUCGUACAACUCACCGCCACCGAUCUCCACCUCCGAUCCCAGUGCCAACGAGUGCAAACUGGUGGAGUACCGGGGUCAGAAGGUCGCCGCCUUCAUAAUCAGCAACGAGACAAUGCUCUGCCUGCCACAGGCCUUCGAGCUCUUCCUGAAGCAUCUGGUCGGUGGUCUCCACACCGUCUAUACCAAGCUGAAGCGACUGGACAUUGUGCCGCUGGUCUGCAAUGUGGAGCAGGUGCGGAUCCUGCGAGGUCUGGGCGCCAUACAGCCGGGCGUGAAUCGCUGUAAGCUGCUGAGCUGCAAGGACUUUGAUGUCCUUUACAGGGACUGCACCACAGCCAGAUGCCUAUCGAUCAAGCCACCAGAGAGUAACUCUCUGCAAUUCCGCAGUUCCAGACCGGGUAGACCGCCCAAAAGGGGACCCGUGGGGCUAUCCCUGCCGCCCACCCACCUUUCGCAGCAUCCCCAGCUGAAGAAACACCGCCUGGACAAUGGGGAUUACGCCUACGAAAAUGGGCAUAUAAGUGAUAUGAACCGCUUGGAAAAGUCGCCUCUUCUGGCCAACGGCUACAAUCCGCCGCCCAUUAACCACAUGGCCUUCAUGCAGAUGAAUGCCCACCACCCGGGCGCUGCGGCCCUGAUGUCUCCUGGCAUGCCACCCCACGGCCUCCACGCUCGCCCCGAGAGCCAAAUGCUGAAGGCGGCUGCCCAGAAUGCCGGCAUGUCGGCGGCCAAUAUGGACGCCUUGGCCAGGUCCGGAAUCUGGGAGAACUGCCGGGCAGCCUACGAGGAUAUUGUGAAGCACUUGGAGCGUUUGAGGGAGGAGCGGACCGACGAGCGCCAGCAGGCGAUGGGAGUGGGCGGAGCGGGUGUGGAUCGGGUUGGAAAUGUGGUGGUUGGCGACCAGAAGCCACGCGAUCUCAGCUCCAGAAAUUGCUCUCCCACGCGCCAGAGUCCGGUGCUGAACCUGAGCAAGUCCGGCGGAAACACAGAUCACGGUGGCAGCAACUGCGAUGCGGGAAGCGAGCGCAGCGAUUGCCACUCGGUGGCAGGAUCCCCCGGACGUGGCGGCUCCCGCAGCCUCGACGAAGGCAGCCGGGGCGGUGUCGGUGGGGGCGUGUCCGCGCACGUGGGUGGCGGCAUAAUCGGAGUCGAGGACGACGAGGAGGAGGAGGAGAACCUGAGCGAUGAGAACCAAUCCGAAGUCGAUGAACGCUGCCUGGCCAAAGAUGACGAAGACUUGAGUGACACGGAACGUGAUAAUCUGUCCACGGGCUCGGCGGCUGCUGCAGCAGCAGCGGCGGCGGCAGCGGCCCACCAACUGCACCAGCAUGCGGCCGCCGCCUCCCAUCACCACCACCCCGCCGUGGGUCUCUCCCACUUGGGGGUGGGCGUGCCACAGCGCGGCUCCCCCGCCUCAUCGGCCGAGGCGGCAGCAGCAGCCGCCGCCCUCCAGCACCAAAGAGCCCUCAACUACUCCCAGCUGGCGGCCGCCGCUGCGGUGGCCAAUGGAGCGGCGGUGGGUGGCGGGGCGGUAGCCAAUGGACCACCAGGCGCCGGUGGCGGUGGCGCUCUUACUCCCAACGAGGCUCUAAUGGCGGCCAACGAUGCCACAGCGGCAGCAGCCUUGGCCGGCGGUCUGGCCUUGGGUCCGCUGGGUAUCGAUGCCCAUGCCGCUGUGCCGGCCAGCUCCACGGAAACACUGCUCCGGAAUAUCCAGAGCCUGCUCAAGGUGGCAGCAGACAAUGCCAGGCAGCAGGAGCGGCAAAUUAGUUAUGAGAAAGCUGAGCUCAAAAUGGAUGUCCUGCGGGAACGUGAAGUCAAGGACUCUUUAGAGCGUCAACUUGUAGAUGAAAGAAAACUGAGAGUACUCUACCAAAAACGUUUCCGACGCGAACGAAAAAUUCGCAUUCGCUACCAACAGCAGUUGGGAGGCGGCAGUGGGGCGGCCAAGGGCAGUCCCAAUGCCAAUGGCAGUGGGGGCGGCGGUUCCGGUUCCGCUUGCAGUGAGUCUGAAGCCUGCGGCGGCAAUGGUGGCGACUCCAAGUGCAGCAACAACAACAAUAACAAUAAUAAUAACAACAACAGCAACAGCAGCAGCCAUGGCGGCGAUGUGGAGGCCAUGAAAGAAAACGAUGGCGGUAGUCGAGGUUGCAGUGAAAAAUCAGACAAAUCCUUGGGCUCCAAUUCCUCCUGUGAUGUGACCGCCGGCUCUGGCACUGGUUCCGGCGGCCUUAACUGCGCCGAUUCCCCCACCCACUUCAAGCGGGAGCCGCACUCCGACCACGAAGGCUCGGUGGAGCGACAGACCCGGUCUGUAACCGCUGCUUCCCUGGCGGCCCAGCAGGACGAGGAGCGGUGCGGCAGUCGCGAGCGGGACGAGCGGCCUCCAAGUGGAUCGGCCACAGCAUCUGCGGCUGCAGUGGCCGCCGCCGCCGCAGCUGCAGAGGGCAGUCUGGCCGCGGCAGCAGCGGCGGCAGCAGCAGCGGCUGCCAGUAAUGGAAAAGGACCCUGGAGCUAUCCUGGCAUCGAUCUGAUGGCCACUGGAGCCUUCUGGCAAAACUAUUCCGAGUCCCUGGCCCAGGAGCUGGAAAUGGAGCGCAAGACCCGGGCCGCCAAUGCCGAGCGGGACGUGAAGAGUCCUCUUUCGGAGAGGCCGACGGCUUACUACAAGAACUCUGUGCUCUUCGGAAGCGCCAAUUAAAGACACCUCGACAGGUACAAGGUGUAAGGUGAGGUGGCGAGAAUUAUUUUGAUCUCAGAGUGCAAUCCAAUCUGGCGCGGCUGCUCUUGAGUGCGAGUUUAAUUUAAAAAUAAAAAGUGUGUAUAUAAAAGAUAAAACUUAAAAGUAGAAAGUGAGAGUUAUGAGUUUUUAAAAAACGUUGAAACGGCCAUUUUGUAUAUAGAAAGAAUAAAAGAACAAAUAUAUAGAGAAAAACGCAAAGAACUUCCGAUAUCCCCAUUUAGAGUGCUUAGAUAAAAUAACUUGCCGAAGUAAGCUUAAGGAUACUUUGUAAAUAGCAGACGAUACGAAAGACUUUUUAAUGAAUUAUAUAGAGUGUGGAAAAUUGGAAAACGAAAAGCUGAAACAAAAAAUCUUAGUUGACACACCUAGCAUUUAACGUCCCAAAAAAAAAAAUAAAAUAAAAACCUAAAAGUGAAGGAAAAAAAACCAUUUUUAGCAUUGCUUAUAAACACUACGAUAUAGCUUCAAUUCGAGUAUAUAAAUGUAACAAAAAAUAUACUUAAAAAUAUAUAUUAAAAACGCGUAUAUGAUAUAUGAAAGAAAAUCGUAGAUAUCUAGGAAAUAAAAUGAUACAUUUUAUGAGCCGCUUUUUAGUGUUUUAAUAUUAAUGAAUGAAUCCUUGAUUUAUUUUACGAGGUAAUUUUUUAAUGUUAAGAUUUUAAUUUAUUCACUAGCUUAGAAGAGGAUGGCAUUAAGCUCAUAAUACUAAAAAUAGCUCUAAUAAAAAGAAAUAAUUAACUUCAAGUAUUUCACUUGCCUAGGCAGUAAACAAUAAUUCAUAUUAUAUAUAUCUAAUACUGAAUAUUAAUAAUAAUAAUAAUAAAUGCUAAACAAAAAACCCAACUUGUAUGCCCGUCAUUCAAAAAGUAUGUUACAAAGCAAAUACAAAUCGAAGGAAGCAAGAAUGAUUAAAAAAUUGACAUUAAACCUAUUUAAACGCUUCAUACGCUAUUAUAUAUACACCCUAUACAUAUAUAUACACAAAACACAUUAACUUUAGUCAUAACAAUAGUCAAAGAACAACUACAUACAUAGUUCCGUGGAUCAGCAUCAGCAAUAAUGGUUCAGAGGGACAUUGUGCAACAAUUCGCCACUGGCAGGCAAAAAUACACAAAAUUAUUAAAAUAAAUAUGAUUAAAUUAAUACAGCAACUGACAGAAGAGCAAAACAAAAACCUAAAACUAAAAUAACACCAAUAAACAAAACACAAACAAACACAACAAAAAACCA